AAUGACUUCUCGACCUUUAGUUUCUGUUUACAAUGAAAAGAAUGAAACGACUGGAGCGCAAAUCAAGCUUCCUGCAGUCUUCCAUGCUCCAAUUCGUCCAGACAUUGUUAGCUUCAUCCACGACCAAAUGAGAAAGAAUAAGAGACAAGCUUAUGCUGUUUCAACUGCUGCAGGUCACCAAACAUCUGCCGAGUCAUGGGGAACUGGACGUGCUGUUGCUCGUAUUCCUCGUGUUCGUGGUGGCGGUACUCAUCGUUCUGGUCAAGGAGCUUUUGGGAAUAUGUGCCGUGGUGGUCGUAUGUUUGCUCCAACAAAAGUUUAUCGUCGUUGGCAUCGUCGUAUCAAUAUUGCUCAACGUCGUUAUGCUGUUGUCUCUGCAAUUGCUGCAACUGGAGUGCCAGCAUUAGUUCAAGCACGUGGACAUGUUAUUGAUCAAGUUAGUGAAGUUCCAUUGGUGAUUGCGGACAAAAUUGAAUCGUUCACAAAAACAAAGGAAGCUGUUGGAUUUUUGCAACGAGCUAAUGUUUGGGCUGAUAUUGAAAAGGUUUACAAAUCCAAACGUUAUCGUGCUGGCAAAGGCAAACGUCGUAAUCGUCGCUACAAACAGAAACUUGGUCCUCUAAUAAUUUACAACAACGACGGUGGAAUUGUUCGUGCUUUUCGCAAUAUUCCUGGAAUUACUCUUUUAUCUGUCAAACAUAUAAAUUUGUUAAAAAUUGCUCCAGGAGGACAUUUGGGACGUUUUACAAUUUGGACAGAAAGUGCUUUUCGUAAAUUGGAUUCAAUUUAUGGAACUUGGACACAAAAAUCUUGGGUUAAAAAAGGAUUUUCUCUUCCACAUGCAAAGAUGACAAAUUCUGAUUUUGCAAGAAUUAUUCGUUCUGAUGAAAUUACAAAAGUUGUGCGUCCUGUCCGCAAGCAAACGAAGGUUGCAAAAAUUCAUCGUAAUCCUUUGCGAAAACAUGGUUUAAUGGUCAAAUUAAAUCCGUAUGCGUCAGUUCUUCGUCGUGCGGCAAUUCUGGCUUCGAAAAAGGGAGAGGAGAAGAAAGCAAAGUUUGAAUUUUUUAAAUUUUUUAUUAAGAAUAUAAGGGUUGGGAAGAAUAUAGGAGGUGGUAUAAUUUGUAAAGUUCCCUAGGAAUUUUUUGUGGACUCCAUUUCUGGGGGAACGGGAGGGGAAGUAGUGUUUAUUUUUCAAAUAUUUCAAUAGAAAACAGAUCAAUUUUUGGAAUUCCCAAAGGAUAGUUUUUGUCGGGGCAGGUUUUUUCGAAAAGAAUUCUCUGUGGCUGUCUAUAAGAGGUAGAUUCUUUUU